AGUGUGCAAUGUGUUUAUAAUUGUUUUAUUUCACUGUCUAGAAUAGAUUACGUAUUCAUCGUGAUUUUCCACGACAACUGAGACGUAUGUUUAUGGAUAGACGUUAGCUCGCGUCAGUGUCAAGUCAACGGUUAACAUCAGUAAUCCACAUAAAUUAUCUAAUGUAAAAGAGCAUCGUCAUCAACUUCUGAAAAUAUUUUCUAAACCCAAAGUUAGAAUAAAUCCACUUAUACUAAUCACUUAAACUAAUAAACUUACCACCAAGAAGUAAGAUCUUUGCUGGCAGUAUCUUGCUCUUUCCAUGUCGGCUGCGACUUGGCAGGCGCACCUCUACAUAGCCCUCUUCACUGCUAAUUUGUUCGCGGGAGCUGACCUGGUAAUCUGCUCGUCUGUGUUCUCUUAAUAUUAUAUCUGUGCUGUCCACCUUCACUAGGUCAGAGUCAGGGAAAUAGUACAAAGCGAAAUUUGGAAAAGACAUGAUUUCUGUUGAAAUAUCCGUAGGCUAUAUUUGGAAUACCACAGUAUCCGUUUCCCGCUCAAAUUGCAUAUUCAAAUUGCAGUGUGUGAUUGGAGACUUACCUGCAAGCUUGUUUUGAAAAACUUGGCUCUGAUUGGCCUAAAUGAAUGCAACUGGAAAGAUAUAUAUAUAUAUAUUUCCAGUUGCAUUUAUAUAUUUUUAUUUUUUAUUUUUAUUGAAGUGCACAUAACCGUCACCGUCCGGAAAUUUGACAAAUUUAGGCACUGAAGUGACAGAAAUGAAGAAAUACAAAUCUUACCUCAAUUCACAAGAUAAAAAUAUUCCAAGAACUACAGAACAUCGCCGAUUUAAGAAGCUGGGUACAGAAAAUAAAGAGAAUUCAGCCCUAGAUGGUUACAAAAACUAUGUGUCUAUAAAUGUUUCUGAAUUACCAAGAACAACUGAAUACAGGAGAAGGAAAACACUGCUUCAAGUUAAUUGCAAAAACAAUGAGUCAACCAAGGAAAAUUACAGUGUCCAUUAUUCUACAUGCCCAGAACCAGCAAAGAGACACAAAAUGGAUGACCAAGUGCAGGAAAUAGUUGAGUUGAGUGUUAAUGAUGUGACCAAUAUUGAUGGAAGAGGCCAGCCUAAACAGUCCAACUUGUGCCAGUCUCCUGAGAGUCAUCAUCAAGAACCAAACAUUAAUUAUCAGAUAAUUCAGGACAGGCCUGUUUGUGAGGGACUUCAUGACCACAAUGCUGAUUUGCAACCAGAACCAGAAAUACCUAACCUGGAACAAGAACCAAACUCAAAUCCAUCACAGAGGAGGAAGAACUGCUUUACCCAGGAGCACCUAUCUCCAGAGGACAGAGUCUGCUUCUUUUGAUGUCCUUCAUUUUGAGGCAUAACCUCACAGGGACAGCUCUUGAAGACCUCCUCAAAUUGUUUAAUGAACAUUUCCCAGGAUCAGUACCAGCUACUUCUUACCUAUUUCAUAAAGCUUAUGGGCAGUAUGGACAAUAUGAAUCACAUUUUUACUGUUCUGGAUGCACCAACUAUAUAAGUAAGGUUAAUGGUCAGACACAAUGUUCUGUAUGUCACAUGUUGUUUGAUGCAGACACAAAUUUAAAAAAUGGAUCGUAUUUUCUGGUUUUGAAAUUAUCUUGCCAAAUUAAGGACAUUCUGGAAAAUUCUAAGAAUACAUUAGAAAGAAAAAUGUCAACUAAUGGGAUUAUUAAUGACAUACAUUCAGGAAUGGAGUAUGAAAAACUAAUCAGGAGUGGUAAAAUUAGUGAAGAGGAUGUGAGUUUACUGUGGAACUGUGAUGGUAUCCCAGUUUUCAAGAGCUCCAAAAGUCAGCUAUGGCCAAUUCAGUGUCAGAUCAUUGAACUGGAUCCAAAAGAAAGAAAAAAUAAUAUCUGCAUACCAUGUAUUUGGUUUGGAGAGAAGAAACCCAACAUGACAACUCUGUUAACUCCAUUUGUUGAUGAGCUUCAAGAACUGGAACAAAAUGGAAUUAAAUGGACAGACAAACAGGGCCAGCAACAUUCCUCUAAGGUGCAUGCACUAAUCUGUAGUUCAGAUUCAGUGGCCCGUCCACAAAUUCGAAACACAAAACAGUUCAAUGGGACAUAUGGCUGUGACUUUUGCUACCAUAAAGGUGGUGGUUCAUACUCUUAUAUAAGUCCUGAACCUCCUCUCAGAUGUGAAUCUGAGCAUUUUCAACAUGCUAUGGCUGCAACUCCUCAGCAGCCUGUAAUGGGAGUGAAAGGACCAUCUCCUUUAAUGAAGCUAGCAAACUUUCAGAUUGUCAAUGGGUUUGUGCCUGAAUACCAGCACAGUGUUUGUCUAGGAGUAACACGACAACUAAUGACAUUAUGGCUGGAUUCCACUAACCAUGAUAAACCUUGGUACAUUGGCACAAAAACCGAAGUAAUUGAUAAGCAGUUACUAGCAAUCCAGCCUCCAGUAGAGUUAACUAGAGUCCCACGUUCUGUAAAAGAACGCAAAUAUUGGAAGGCCUCAGAAUGGAGAUCUUUUCUUCUGUUCUAUGCUUUACCAGUGCUUUGUGGUGUUCUUUCCAAAAAUACUGGAACCAUCUUUUCCUUCUUGUUUUUGGCAUAUAUACUUUGCUUCAGGAAAAGAUAGAAAUGGUUGAAAUUGACAAUGCAGAGAAAGCACUGAAAAAAUUUGUUAUGGAAUUUCAGAAAUUUUACGGCAAGGAAAAUAUGUCAUUUAACUUGCACUUGAUGACACACAUUUCUGCAAGUGUGAGAAACUGGGGACCUCUUUGGGCUACAUCCACCUUUUCUUUUGAAUCUUUCAAUGGCACACUCUUGAAGUUCUUUAAUGGAACCACACAUGUCCAACAACAGAUUGUCAAGAGAUUCCUCAAGUGGAGAGACCUCACAAUCAAAGCAGACAAGUACAUGUGGAAUGCCAAAGACACAGUCAAAAAACUGUUCAAUGACAUGCAAAACAGUAAGCAAGAGACGGCUAAAUCAACACAACUGUCAGAGAUGGUUAGGGUUUUUGGUAAUCCUCAUCCAGUGACCAUUCCAGUACGGCACAUGCUUGCUAUACAGGAUCUUUUUGAUGUCAGGGUACAGCAAUGCUUGUAUUAUGAUCGUUUUCUUAUCGACGGUGUACUUUAUCACACAGAAACUAACAAACGGCUACAAAAAAGAAACAACUCUGUUGUCGAGUUAGCUGAUGGCACAUUAUGCAAGAUUAUGAGCAUUGUGGCAUUUUACUCUGAAGGUUGUAAUGCACAAAUGAGUUGUGUUUUGGUUAAGGAGCUUUGCAGGACUGCAAAACACCUUUGUAGGGAUUCUGACCUUAAAAUUUCUUCCAAGUUUAUUCAUGAGGUAAAAGAGUCAAAUUCUAUUUAUGCAGUGCAUACACAGUCUUUGAAAAGAAAAUGUGUGAUGAUUGAAUUGGAAGAGAAAAUCUAUAUCGUAUACUUGCCAAAUAAUAUUGAAAGGGACUAAAAUCAUUGCAGAUGCAUUGCAAUUCAAUAAUUGAAUUAUUGAAUUGCAUAACAUGCUUUAUAUACAGGUUUUUUUUAAUUACUUUUGGCUAAACAUGUGUAAAGCUUUGGUGUAAUUAAAAAUGUUAGAGUUAAGCUUUAAGAUUUUUUGUUUUUCUAGUAUGUAUACCUGAUCUUUUAUAUUGAUGUGUGUAAGUACUUGUAUUCACAUUGAGGUUUUAAGUGGAUUGUUCAAACUGCCUAUUGCCAUUACUGCACUGUACUGAAAGAUCUAAUGUUAAAGGAACAGUAUUCAGUGGAUAUCAUUUUUUAUUAUUAUUAUUAUUUUAACUUGUUUGUAGUAAACUUGUUUUGUGGAAAUAGACUCUUUGAAUAAUUAAUAAUACAUUUGAAUAGAUAAUUAAUAUUUAUAUAUAUACAUUUAUAUAUUUAUAAUGUUUUCA